UAAAAAGUCAAAUAUUUAGUAUCCAAAACCCUAUUGACUGCUGUUAGUGUUUUCCCCAGAAAAAUGGUUACUCAGAUCCGGCAACCGGGUCAAGACCAUACCCGACCUGAUACCCGACGGUUCCUUACCGCCGCCGAGUACUUCCUUCGCAACCGUAGCUUCUCCGACUGCCGCAAGUACGCACUCCUGGCCAGGGAUUCUGACCCUACCCAUCCUGGUCCUAUCCGAAUCCUCUCCAUAGCCUCCGUCCUCUCCGCCCCGGGCAUCUCCUCGACCGAACAUGAUCAUUAUGGCGUCCUUAAUGUUGCACGUUUCGAAUGCGAUGCUGUGCGAAUUGAGUCCAGCUUCAGAAGCCUGACUGCUAUUUUGAACCCGAAUGCGAACCCGUACCCGCAUGCGUCCGAGGCGUUUGGUGUAGUGAUGAAAGCGCGGAAUGUGUUGUCGAACCCUAUUGAUAAGGCGAGGUUUGAUGAUGAGUUGCGGAGGUAUGUGGGGAGUUGUGCGCCUGGUAGUGAUGGUGGUACUUUUUGGACGAUGUGCCCUUAUUGCUAUUAUGUAUACGAGUAUGACAAGGUUUUUGAGGACUGCUGUUUGAGGUGUGUGAAUGAGGGAUGCAGAAGAGUGUUGCACGCGGUGGCGAUUGGAGUCCCGCCGCCGCCGGAGGUGGUGGAGAAAGGGCAUUACCGGUGUGCAGGGUUUAUGCCAUUUGUGAUUUCUGAUCGCAAGCGACAGGAAAUUGGAGAUAAUUUGUGGGUCCCAUUUGCGGCCCCACUACAGUCCGCAAGUAAAGGGUGUGAUCACAAUUUUGAUUGCAAUAGUGAAGUACUUGUGAUUGAUAUUUCUGAUGAUGAAAUGGCGACCACUGAAGAUGCUAAAACAGUUGAAGAAAUGGGAUAUCAGGGUCACAGUAAGGGUAAAACGAAGAAAAUUGAAAGCAAAAUUUGUAAUACUGAAACGAGCAAUGCCAGUAGUGCGAAGGACGUGAUGAUGAGGAGGGAAAAAUGCGUGCGGUUGGAUUCGAAGAAGAUGAUGGGGAAAGGGAUCAGGAUCAAUAGCAACAAGGCUUAUUCGACAUGCAGUAUUGGCCGACCAACGCGUUCAAAUUCGGAUGACAAUCCUUUGGAGCCUGGAUUUGGUGGCGAAAUGAGUAAUGAUGUUGAGAGUGGAGUGGAGUGCUUUGAGGGGGAUGAUGAUGUAUUGGUUGGUUUACUGUUUAAUUUUGAUUCGGUGAAUGAAGUCUUGUGAACUUGUUGAGUUUUAGUUUUUAGAACAUUGUAAAGUUUUCAUCUUUGGUUCAUAUUUUUUCAUUGGAUGACUGUAGAUGGAUGGUGCAUUGAAUGCUUGAUUAUUGUUCAUUGGUAUAGGGAAAGUAGGUAAUUUUUCGAUUCUCUUUUACUGGGGUAACUUUGAGUUCAUCUGGUCUUGUAAAUAUCUAGCAUUUUGGGAUGGCAAUGAUAGAAGAAUUUUGGU